UAUUGUAUAUUUCUCACGUAGUGGGCGCUGUUAGUGUUCUAAAAUUCACUGUGGUUCAUGAAUGAACGCUGAAUGUGAAAUUAUUACUUUUUUAUAAUGAAUGAAAAGAACCUGAAGGCUUUUUACAAGGAUUCGCGGUCUUCUGGAUACGUUCAGAACGCCCUGAAUGCUCGUCGUCAUCAAGAUAAGCCGAUACAACAACUUCUGGAGAAGAGAAAAUGGCCUCAAGCUGGUUGGGCUGAUGAUCAGAUUGAGCAUCUACUCCGAGAACUCUCGCAGAUGGACACUAACCGAUUCCCCUUUAUAGCGGGCGUUGGCGAACGUGAAGGGCGAGUGUAUAACAAUUUGGUGUCUAGGCGGCACUUUGGAUUCUCUCAUGGAAUUGGACGUUCUGGUGAUCUUACAGAGGCUCAGCCAAAAGCGAUUGGUUCGACAAUUCUCAACGAUAUUACCAACAGAAUGCUUCUAGAUGUAGUGAAGGUUUCCGGAUUGAAUGCGGCGAAAAAAUGCUUGCUAAUACCAAUGGCAACUGGAAUGACCCUCCUGUACUGUCUCCUUCAGUUUCAGGAGCCAAUAUCACCCACUGGGAAACGUAAGGUACUCUGGUCCCGAAUUGAUCAAAAAUCAUGCUUUAAGGGCAUUAUUUCCGCGGGUUUUGAACCAGUAGUCAUCGAUACUAUAUCUCAGGACGAUAUUCUCAGUACGGAUGUGGAGAAAUUCAAGUACUGGAUUGGAGAAUUGAAAUCGGAUAAUAUUGGCUGUAUUAUAUCCACAACGAGUUGCUUCGCUCCCAGAGGGUGUGAUGAUGUGAUAUCAUUAGCCAAACUUGCAAGAGAACACAAUAUUCCCCACAUUGUGAACAAUGCCUAUGGACUCCAAAGCAGUUUGUGUACCUCCAGAAUUGAGCAAGCUGUGAGGCAGGGCGGCAGAGUGGACUUUGUUGUGCAGAGCACUGAUAAGAACCUCCUCGUCCCUGUUGGAGCUUCCAUAGUUGUGGCUUUUGAGGAGCAGAAGAUAGACGACUUAGCCAAAUGUUACGCUGGCAGAGCAUCCAUCUCUCAAAGUAUUGACAUCUUUAUCACGCUACUCUCCAUGGGCGAGAUGGGCUUCCGGAAGCUUCUGGAUCAACAGAAAGAAUGCUUUGACUUUCUUUUGCAUUCCAUGGAGCGCAUCGCAGAGGAUUUCGGUGAGAGAGUUUUUUACACAUCCCGCGGAAAUCGAAUCUCUAUAGCAUUUAGUCUCUCUAAGUAUAGCGAUAAGCCCGAAUUGGCAAUUGAGAUCGGCUCCAGGCUUUUCCAACGUGGUAUAACUGGGACUCGAGUUGUCGCGCCGGGCAGUUGUAUGACCAUUGGGAGUCAUGUCUUCAAGAAUUGGGGAAGUCACACCAGUGAGCCACCGAAUGUCGCCUACCUAACAGUGGCGGCUGCUCUGGGAUGUCUUCCUGAAGAAAUUGAUAUAUUAAAUAAGAAAUUGCGACUGAUUCUCGAGGAAAUGGAAAAGCAGGCAUCUCAGUAAAGUUGAUGAGCAUAUUUUCCGUCUCAUUGUGUGACGCUUUUUCUCCGCGUUAAAUUCAUUUAUUCAUUUAUCUCUGGAUGGUGGAGUUUUGUCGGAAUAAUUUGAACCGCUCCCAUUUCCUGCUAAAGUUCACAAGCCGAAGAAGACAAAAGUCACAUGGAUGAGAUACUUCGGGCUACAGGCAUUCUAUCUCCUGCUCGCUCUUUCUGAUAUAUGGACUAUACUGCAUAUUGAAAUCAUUUAUUGUUUGCCACUUUAAUGACUUUAGAGAUGAUUCUGUGUGUGAUUUGAGUUUCGCAUGGUUAAUUUCGUUCGCCAGUACCAUCCAUCGAUGGUCAGAGAAGGCGAGAGAGAAAGGCGAUGAAAUGCUGUUAAAAUGUUUUGAAUACGAAUAAUAUUAUUAUUAAUCUUUGAGUAUGUAAAAAAUAAAAGUGAUCUCAGUAUUAUCUCAGCCUUUGCGUGAUUGCUUUAUAUCUACCAUCAGAUCUCUUGUCCUAUUUCUUUUUCAUCCCAUUUUUACUAGCACUUGUAGCUGCUAGAUAAUUAGCAAAAAUAUUCAUCUCUAAAUUUCAAGAAAUAUUUUGCCUCUAGAUACUAAGAAGAUUGAUCUGACUUAGUGGAAAUACAUCUUGUAGCACUUUUACACGCAAUAAUUAUUUAUGCACACAAAUAAAAACGUUAUCGUCGCAAUGACUUUAUUCAAAAUUCUCUGCAGAGUAUAUCAUAUAAGAAAAUACUCAAGUACAAGAAAAACAUACAGAU